CAGAGCUUCAGCAGAAGUCAUGUCACAAGCGCGCCAUGCUCCAUGGAGGGCUACUCCGAGCCGGACAGCUCCGAGCAGGAAGCCCUCCUCUUGAAGGAGGAGGGCAAUGCACUGCUGCGUGCGGGGGACGCCCGCGGUGCCGUGGCCAAGUACGAGGAAGCGCUGAGCGCCCUAGGCCCCGCGCAGGGCCGGGAGCAGGCCACGCUGCUGGCGAACGUGAGCGCAGCGCAGCUGACGCUGGGCUUUGCCGAUCUGGCCCUCGAGGCUGCCAAAGCCUCCGUGGUAGCGGACCCCAGCUACUCCAAGGCCCUCUUUCGCGAAGCCAAGGCCCUGCUGGCAUUGCGCCGGCAUUCGGAUGCCGUCCACACUGCCCGGCACCUCCUGUUCCUGGCCGGAAGCUCUGUACAGCGGGACGUGGAGAGGAUCCUGGACGGGCCGGAGCGCCGGAAGCCUCGGCUGGCGGUGUCCAGCGACACGGCGCCGCCUUCGAGCCUGGAGGCCACGGCGGACCUGCUGGCCCUGGUGGCCCGCUGCUGCGAGGCGAAGGAGCUGGCGCGGCUCGGGAAGGGCAACCGCCGCUUUUGGCAUCAGCUCUGCAAGGACGAGGAGCUUCUGCGCCUGGCUGCGGCGCUCUGCCCCCAGGGCAGCAGUGCCUGGCUGAGGAGGGAUGGCCUGUCUCCAGGCUGGACCUUUGCAGUGCACCAGGCCCAUGCAAGGUGUUCUGUCCGCAACAUGGUGGCCGUCUGCCAUCAUGAUGGCCUUGCCUUGGUUCCGCCUGACGGAGGCGAAACCGUGUGGCUGCCCACGCCGGCACAUUGCUUGGACUUCACGCUGUGCUGGGGGCCUCACGGGGAGUACCUUGCGUUUACGGCGGAGAACGCCUCGCAGCACACCGCGCUGGUGGUGGUGCCCACCGCAGGAAGGCCGCCCCUGGUGAUCCCGCUGAUUCCCAAUCUGACGCCGUACUACUUGUGCCCCUCCCCCUGCGGCACACGGCUGGCGCUGCUGGGCAGCGUGCGAGGUCAGCAGGCGCUCCUUGUCGCCGACCUCUCCACGUUGCUCGUGCAGGGCCAGGCCUCCGCAAGCCUGCACUGUGUUGGCACCGCCGCGCCCCUCUACUUUGACUGGGCGCCCCACGCGCCCGAGAUGCUCCUGGCGUGCCACGAGAAGAAGCUGGUGGCCGUGCGGGGCUGUGUGCCCCGCGAGCUGGCGGAGCUGCCGGUGCCGGCGGUGGAGCCCGCGGAGGUUUCGCUGGAGAACCUGGAAGCGCUUCCAGGCACGGAAAUCCACGGGCGCAUCUCCUUCCGAGCGCCCCAAUGGCUGCCUUUCCCCGAGUCCAGGCAGGGCCGGUGGCUGGUGCCACGCGACUCUGCUGGGCACGUGUCUUUAGCCUUGGUGGACCCAGCCACGGAGGAGGUGGAGAUCGUGUGCGAGCAUUUGCCUCCGGAGGCCCACUUUGCCGGCAGCUGCGGCUGGGUGGCGUGGUGUGGCCUGCAUGACGACCGGGGCCACGGCGGAGUCUUUGCGCGGCGGGUCUGGCCAUCGCUCGGCCCCCCGAUGAUGGUUUUCUCUCACCCCAACCGCGUGGAGGGCAUGACCUGGGGCGGGGAGCGCCUGGCGCUGGUGAUCCACGCGCCCAACUGCUUGGUGUGGACGGUUUGGGAUGCCUUGGUGGCCGAGAAGGAAGGCACACGUUUGUAUGUGGCGCCUCAUGGCUUCAUCCCCAAUCGCUCGUUUUCGGGGCGCGUCCUGCCGUUCUUCGACCAGUUCGAGCGGCGGUUGCGGUUCUGGAGCCCGAGCAACGACGCGGUGGUCUAUGCCGACUGGAAUUCUGAGGUUUGGGUGCAGCCGUUUCCUCGGUCGAUGGUGGACUCCCGGUCGCCGCACCCCUUGCAAUCCCUGGGUGGCGGUGAUCGGAUUCUGGUGGCUCCACAGCCUUUCAGGAUCGCCCAGCGGGCCAGCUAUGCUUGCUGGAGCCCACUCUGAGCCUGGAA